UAACAACAGUCAUUGUGAUAGGCUAGGUACGUAGCUACCUGGGAGACCCCCUGUAUCAUCACCAGCUAUUCAAUUGUGCAAUUGGGUGAAGGCGCAGACUAGCAAGACGGAAAAGAACGACACCUCAUCCAGAUAACCGACCUGAGGUGACCAGGUAUGCGGGCUCUUCGAAGUACUGAAAUAGAGUUGUCACACUACGCCUCAAUGAAGCUGGAUGUAUGUCUAGCAGAAGGCAGGUACAAGUACACUGAAAUGGCAGCUCCAUGUUGAUUCCUCAUUCCCCAUCACCCAUAAAACUCUCUUGUGUUCCAUAAAGAAGGGGAAAUUAGCAUUGUUCUUCUCUUCAACGUCCUUCCAUUGUUCCAAAAAGUCAGGAGCAACCAUGUCACACCGAAAGUUCAGCAUCGAGGAGCGCAAGCCUGGAAGCUUCAAUCAUUCUCACCAUGGGCCAAACACUGAGAUCUAUACCUAUAUCGCGUCGGCCAUCAACAUUGGCUGUGCUAUGAUGUCUCACGGCGAUGGAAGGAGAGCCCUGACUAAGAUUGCCCUAGAUUCCGAGGCCAAUGCUCCACCGGGCACCAGCUUCUUCAACAAAGACAAAGCUGCUGCAUCUCAAUACGUCGAUUGGUUCAUCGAUAAUCUCAUACUUAAGUUCCCUACUGUCCUUGUCGAUGGUCACAUUGCCGACGUUGAUAUCAUGGGAUACCACCCCAGAGGGACGUGGCAUGGGUCUGUCAAAGAAUUUUUUCUGAGCAAUGAACGAGGUGGAAUUCAUUUCAACGCAUCUAGAGUAUACGAUAUGGUAGCAGCCGCCCGGAAUGGCAAAGACCAGCGGUUCAGGGACUUCCAGUUUGCAUUCGCAACGAUGGUCGUCCAUGAAUGCGGCGCACAUCUCCUGAUCACCAGUAUCGGUGGUGGUAGAAAGGAUACGCCCAAGGAUAUGAUUAUUCCAGGAUACAGACAAUUACCGGACAUUGGAGAAUCUGGACGAGUACUUGAAAUGGGACUGUUUGGAGGAUGUAUGGAAUACUAUCGUUGCCCUAAGCAGGAAAAUGGACAGGCGGGGGUCAUACAUCAAAUUGAUUCUCAAGCAAUUGCCUGGAAAAUUGAUCCUAGGGUCAUUAAUGACGCAUGUCAGUACAAAUUCCAGUUCCCGUUUCGGAGAGUUGGAGGUGCUAUUGAUCCCAAGACGCUACAGUCCAUGGGCCGUGGUGUACGAUGUCAACGCUUAGAUGAAGGCCAGCGAGCGUUGCUUGCAUCCCAAAAACCAAAACCAGACGCAUGGCUGCACAUAAGGUGUAAGGUUAAGCUUGGUGAUGUGCGAAAAGUACCAUUCCGACCACGAAUACUCCUGAAUUCAACGGUCUAAUUCAUCAUCUUAUCAUGUAUAGGAGGCAUGUGAUGCAUAUGUAGACGGCGUUCGUUCACUCUUGCAUUUGGGUUAUUGGUUGAUCUCUACAGAAC